AUGGAAGACGUGAUCUCUCAAGAGCCUGGGGAUCUGGGAAGAGCUCUGUGCAUCAUCACAGGUGCGUCCAAAGGCUACGGCCGGACGCUGGCGUUCCAGCUCAGCUGCCUGCUGAAGCCCAAAUCCGUCCUGAUGCUGGUCGCCCGAACCGCAGACCAACUGAACCAGGUAAAGGAGGACAUCAUAACCCUGUACGGCAGACAAAACAAACUGGACGUCCGCUGCGUGCAAGCAGACCUGGAAAAGAAGGAAGGCGUGGAAAAAACGGUUCAUGCAGCUAAAGAGACUUCAGUGACUGAAAUGGACCACUUACUUCUGAUCAACAACGCAGGCUCUCUGGGCGACGUGUCUCGCUUUGCUCUGAUGUUCACGGAUCCGGCCGAGGUGAACCGUUACCUGUCCCUGAACGUCAGUGGUGUGCUCAGUUUGACGGCCGGCGUCUUGCAAGCGUUUCCUCGUCGACUGGGUCUGCGGCGUACGGUGGUGAACAUCAGCUCUUUGUGUGCGCUGAAGCCCUUCCCGUCGUGGGUCCUGUACUGCACCGGUAAAGCCGCUCGGGACAUGAUGUUUCGUGUAUUAGCCGAGGAGGAGCCGGACGUACGAGUGCUCAAUUACGCCCCCGGUCCUCUGGACACAGACAUGCAGCUGCAGGCGCGCUGUCUCUCCGGAGAUCCGCAGCUGCGCCGCUCCUUCUCCAUGUUGUCCGAGGGCCAGCUGCUCUCCUGCGAGGAGUCCGGAGCCAAACUCAUGAAGCUCCUGCUGGACAACAACUACCCGUCCGGCGCUCAUCUCGACUUCUAUGAGCUCUAACGCUUAUGGCUUUCAUACUGUACAUACGUUCACAGAUGUUUCUAAUGUUAUAAUAUGUUGCUGAUAGAUUUGUAAUGUUUUUUAGGUCUUAAAUGAGAAGUCCACUUCCAGAACAAUUUACAAAUAAUUUACUCACCCCCUUGUCAUCCAAGAUGUUCAUGUCUUUCUGUCUUCAGUCAUGAACAAAUUAUGGUUUUUGAGGAAAACA